AUGAACACUUCACUGCUCUCUCUCUCCUUCCUCCUCCUCAUCUUCUUGGGCACUGUCUCCGCCAGGAGCAGGGGACAGUCUGAACAUGGCUUUAGCCAAGAAGACCAGGCACAAUGCCAACUUCAGAGGCUCAAUGCCCAAGAACCCACCUUUACAAUCCAGGCUGAAGCCGGCGAAUCCAAGAUCUGGAACUGGAAGGAUGAUCAGUUCCGCUGCGCAGGAGUUGUCGCCGCCAGGCAUACUAUUAACCCACGUGGACUCUUCUUGCCUUCUUACUCCAACGCCCCUCUCCUCAUGUACAUUGUCAAAGGUAGUGGAAUGUCUGGAGUUUUGAUGCCUGGAUGCCCAGAAACAUUCCAAUCAUCUCAGGAAUCCCAGCAGGAUGAUGAGAAAUCCACCAGAUUCCACGACCAGCACCAGAAGACCCGACGAUUCCGACAAGGAGACGUCAUUGCCAUCGGCGCCGGCUGGACCCACUGGUGCUACAACGAUGGUAACGAAGAUGUCGUUGCCAUAGUCGUUGAGGAUACCGGCAAUAACCUAAAUCAGCUCGACCAAAACCCACGCGUAAGACACACAGAAUUUAUUCUAGAUAAAACUGAAAACUAA